AUGAACAAUAACGAGGCGACGAGUGGUGAGUCGGACGAAGGGGUCGAGAGAAACGAUGUGUUCCUGUACAGAGCCGAAGCGGGGAAUGAUGGAGAGUCAUGCAAUGUGUUAUGUCUCUUCCUCUUUUUUAUUUCCUUAUUCUUUGUCAUGCUGGUAACAGCUGAAAAUAAUGCAGUCCCGACUGGCAGCGGCUACGAACCCGGGGCAGGCGGCACCCUUGGUCCUGACAUCGAUGGUAAUCUGUUGCCAGGGGAAGGGGGAGACAGGUACGUGCCGGACGAUGUGCUCGACAAUGUACUAAUCCAGUGUCUGAAUUUUAAGGGGCGUUACAGGGUGGAGGACCGGUGGCGCGUCCGAGCGAACGACAAGCGUGGCGUGAGUAGCGCGAAUGGAGCGAAGAGGGGUCAUCCGACCGGGGGAGAAUUCGAAGCCAAGCUGAUUACACUGAAGCUGUCCCUCUACAACGUAACCAAGUCAUUGCUGUUUUUGUACUUUGAGCCCCAGGGAGAGGAGGCAGGAAGCAGCAGCCGCAAGGGCGGUCACGGUGCUUUGUCUCCUAACCAAGCAGUGAAGCAGCCCAGCCAGCCAAGCAAAUUUCAGUUCCUCGGGGUGCCCGGGAUCAACGUAAAUCGAGAAAACAAAUACAUGUUUAACGGUGUGGGUUAUAACUUUCUUAGUCUGUGCCAGGACGAGAAGAGUUGCAUUUGUAAUUAUAACAUUGGUAUUCAACAGAACGUGUCCAUGCAGGAGUCCACAUCUCUGCGGGAGGUAGAAGAGUCUUAUUUGUACUUUCUUAAGAAGUACCUCAUGGACGAGGCGGAGUCCUGGGGCACGUACCUCUCGGCGCGGUACCGUGAUGAGUAUGAGCGCCAUUUGAGUGGGCAGGCAAAUGGCGCAGCGGACCAUACUCCACAGGAGGUAGCGAUCACUCCCCAGGAAGAAGCGGACAGUACUCGUCACGGCGAAGCGGGCACGCAUCACGACGAGGAAGCAGGCAGGCCUGACGACGCGGCGGACGGUACUCGUCCCGAGGAAACAGUCACGCCGGACGAUACUAGUCAUGACGACACGAUGGGCGAUGCGCCCCACUACGCUGGGUACAUCUCCUCCGACAACUGCGGGCUGUUCGUGCGUCUGGAGGGAGACGACGUGGACAAGAGGUAUGCGGCGGCGCGUGUCACGGCCUUCGCCAUCCUGUACAACAUCAAGUCCAUUGUGGAGUUAGGGUUGUUCUAUUUACAGAUUGGAAGAAGCAGCGAGAAUAUGCGGAGCGCAAGUAAAGUAUCCCUCAUGUCAAUCUGUUUGAAUUCCUUUAUCGACCUGUUCGAGUCUCUCCUUCUUCUGUACGAAGUGAUGCUGUCCCGAUUGUUACUAGUGCACUUUAUAUUCAUGGUGCUGUUGAAAUUUAUUUUAUUCACGCUGAUGGAACUGAGAUAUAUAUUAAUCAUAUGGAAAGCGAAUCACCAGCAGUAUUUACAAGAAGGAUGGAGUCAGCUUCAGAGGAAGUUAGCAACCCUAUACAAAUUUUAUUAUGGGAGUAUCCUCCUGGUCAUUGUCACCUUUUAUUAUAUUUUUCCCUUAUGCCCAUACGUGUUGUUAUUAUUGUAUAUGUGUUGGGUUCCUCAGAUUCUAUUAGACGUAUGGAAGGGACAAAGGAAUUCGAUAAAUCUUAAGGUUGCUUUUGCUCUGUCCUUAUGUCGAGUGUUUCUACCUGUAUAUCGGUUCAUGUAUUCACAAAGCAUUUUUCAAUUGGAUGUGUUCGCACGCGCGAUGGAUUCAACCAAUGCCACCUUCAGUAUCCUGCUCAUAGUCAUCCUAGCCGUGCAACUACUCUUUAUGUCUCUACAACGGCUGUACGGACCCAGGUACCUCGUCGACAUCGACCUGCUACCCCAUGUACACAAUUAUUACAAGACCAUUGAUCCUAAUUUUGAAACCGGUAUUCCAGAGUGCGUCAUUUGUAUGUAUGACAUUGUGUUGAAGGAGAAGAAGUAUUGUGUCACUCCGUGCUUUCAUAUCUUUCACGAAAAGUGCCUGCAGCAGUGGAUGGACGUCAAGCUCGAGUGUCCCACUUGCCGUGGCGCUCUCCCCAACUUCCCCUAA